AUGGCAAAGCUAGUGGCAGGGAUGGCACCUAGUGGCACACCGAUGCACCUUGAUGCACUCAACCAUGCGAAGAGCACUCACAGCGCCGUCAGCAAUGUUGAGGGAGACGGUGAGGGCCAUGUGGCAGACGACAUCAGUGACAGUGAAGGCACGGCGGAAGUAGUGUGCCACACGGGAGGCGCUGGUUGUGCUGUUGAGGGUGAGGUUGGUGGUGGCUCUGUUAUUGCCCACUGCCAGGGGCGCGGGGCCUGGGUGGUGGGGAAAGGGGAGAGGAGGGGGGAAUUAAAUGAGGGUCGCGUGGAAGGCACCCGGGCAGAAUCUGUGAUAGUGAAGGCGGCGGCGGAAGUUGUGUGCCACGCGGGAGGCGCUGGUUGUGCUGUUGAGGGUGAGGUUGGUGGCGGCUCUGUUGUUGCCCGCUACCAGGGGCGCGGGGCCUGGGUGGUGGGGAAAGGGGAGAGGAGGGGGGAAUUAAAUGAGGGUCGCGUAGAAGGCAGCCAGGCAGAAUCAGUGACAGUGAAGGCGGCGGCGGAAGUAGUGUGCCACGCGGGAGGCGCUGGUGGUGUUGUUGAGGGUGAGGUUGGUGGCCGCCCUGUUGUUGCCCGCUGCUAG